AUGGCCUCCGUCUUCCGUUACCUGAGCCCCAAGUCGCUUGCUACCAUGCAACGCAUCGACAACACCAUCAUACCCGUUUAUAGAGAUGCUCCAUCCCCUCCUCCUGCCGACCCCAGCCCGCCGCCUCCUCUGAUCCUCGCAGAUGGGCUCAAUGCUAACAGGACCAUGGCUCCGAACAGCAACCAGCGGACCAAGAACCAAUUUCGACCCCGAUUGGGCAAGGGCGGUACGCCCAGCUACCAACUUAGACAGUAUGCCGAGGUCACCCUGGGGGGUGGUAGCUUGAGAAAGGUCGUCAAGCUCCCCGAGGGCGAGGAUGAGAACGAAUGGCUCGCCGUCAACAUGGUGGACUUCUACAACCAAAUCAACCUCCUCUACGGUGCUAUUACAGAAUUCUGCUCUCCUCAAUCAUGCCCUGAAAUGAAGGCGACAGACGAAUUCGAGUACCUCUGGCAAGACAACGAGAACUACAAGCGGCCAACCAAGAUGGCCGCCCCCGCAUACAUUGAACAACUCAUGGCAUGGGUGCAGUCGAACAUCGACAAUGAGCAAGUCCUGCCCAGCAAGAUUGGUGUCCCAUUCCCCAAGUCUUUCCCGGCCUUGGUCCGCCAGAUUUUCAAGCGCAUGUACCGCGUUUAUGCACACAUUUACUGCCACCAUUACCCUGUCAUUCGGGAGCUGGGGCUCGAGCCACAUCUCAACACCAGCUUUAAGCAGUAUGUGCUUUUCAUUGACGAGCACAGCCUUGCCAGUGGGCGGGACUACUGGGGGCCUCUGGGUGAUUUGGUUGAUAGCAUGUUGAAGAGCGACUAG